AGGUGUAUACUCAGAAGAGAAGAAGGAAGUGUGUUUUUUCCACUCCCUUCCUGGAAUGAUGCAAAAUGAUUUAGUGGGCUCCUGGUACAACAGCGGCUUCUAUGGGCACUACCGAGGCCAAUUCAAGAGUGAAAGUGCACGAGAAUACCGCCUUGCUGCCAAGCCCCAGCCUCCGGUCGUGUUCCUGAAGCGAUGCCAGGAGCCAGCGCAGCAGCACUUAUUCUCCAAGCAUGACAACCGCACUUCCUUCGACAAAAAGGGUCCCUACUGCCUGCUGCAGGGAAUCGGAAGACGGAAAGACAUGGAGCGUCUAUGGCAGCAGCAGACCUUCCUGCACUGGGCACCCUGUGACCUGGAGCUGCACCAACAGCAGCCUCUUAAGUCCUCCUACCAGACCACUUUCCAGUCAGGCCAAGCACUCAGUGACCUCCCCCAGCGCCUUGUCCACUUUGUCCAGCUGCAGCCUCCCCGUGGCAACACCACCUACCAGCAGAACUUCUGCAAGCCUUCCUGGGGUGGCCACUAUGGCAGUGCCAACACGCAGCCCCAGGUCCCAGUCACCAAAACACUGCCUGACCUCCCAAGGAUUCCAAGGCCCAAACUUCUGCAGCACUACCUUCAUACUGGGGUCUCUGAGUGUCUAAACUGGUCCAGAACAUUAAAUGAUGGCUGACAAA